AUGCAUCAAGGCGUCUCUCGGGCCAUCUGCAGAUGGCAGAACCACCGCCUCCUCAGGCUCCGACCAAGCAUCUGCGGAGCCGCAAUCAACUCUCCAUCCAGCCUUGCCGUUUACGGCUCCCCCUCCUGGUCACCACCGUCACGACCGCUCACCAACGCCGCCGGCGAGCUCGCUCGCAGCUACACUCCCAUCAGCCGCGCGUCCACCCCUCCUCCGACAAAGUCGCCAGAAGAGCUCGCAGGCGCUCCCUACAUCGUUCGUCGCACACCCUCAACACAGCUUCCCGUCUACAGGCGAUCCAAGUCGGGAGGAAACCGCCAAGUUGUGUUUAUAAAGAAAGUGGAUGGUGACCGGAAGAAACUACUAGAAGAUUUGGUAGAGUCUCUCGGGGUGAGCAAGGAAGAUGUUAGACUCAAUCCGACGACGCAGCAUAUCGAGUUGAAAGGCAAUUACUAUGACAAGACCAAGUCUUGGCUAUUAGAGCGUGGAUUCUGA